CUGUCAACAUUGACCAAUGAAGUAGAAGGCGAGGUGAAGAGAGGGAACCAUUCAACUAACUGCUUCAAGUCCCUUCAACCUCAAGCCAAGCCACAGCACCAAAAAGGUUUACAGAAUCAAAUCAUUUCAACUAACUUUCUGUUUCCUGCUGCACUCACGCAACCAACAUUAAACCUCUUUCAUGCUGGCCUCAGACUCCGGCUCUGUGCUCCGACCCAAACCCCCCAUACCCACUCCCUACCCUACUCGCUCACUCUUCCGCCCUUGCUGUUUCGAUCCAGGAUCCAGACCCGCCGCCCCCAAUCUCACCCUUAAAAUGGAACUGCUCCGUCGAAUGGGCCGCGGUUGCUUCAAGGCUGACGCGGUCGAUGCUGGUGGCCGGGACUUAUUCGACACUCGCAGACGUGACUUAUUCGAUGCCACUGUGGCUUCCUCGCCCAACUCGGUCCCUCUUCACCUUGUUAUUAUGGUUAACGGAAUCAUUGGGAGUGCCGCUGAUUGGAGAUAUGCAGCAGAGCAAUUCGUGAAGAAGCUUCCAGAUAAAGUAAUUGUACACCGCAGUGAAUGCAAUUCUUCAAAAUUGACAUUUGAUGGCGUUGAUACAAUGGGUGAGAGGCUAGCUGAAGAGGUAUUAUCUGUUGUUAGACGUUGGCCAGAGGUGCAGAAGAUAUCUUUUGUGGCACAUUCUCUAGGAGGCUUGGUGGCAAGAUAUGCUAUUGGGAGACUUUAUGAUUACUCUUCAACAUUGACACUUGUCAGCAAAGACUGUUUCAGUGAAGAGAAGUCAGAAUAUUCAAAGCAAUGCCUUGAACAGAGUUAUGAACCCAAAAUUGCUGGUUUAGAGCCCAUGAAUUUUAUAACAUUUGCAACACCACAUCUUGGUUCAAGAGGAAACAAACAGCUUCCUUUUCUUUGUGGUCUUUCUUUCCUUGAGAGAAGAGCAUCCGAAACUGCACAUUUAGUUGCUGGGAGAUCUGGGAAACAUCUCUUCCUCAUGGACAAUGAUGAUGGAAAACGUCCUCUGCUCCUGCGAAUGGUUAAUGACUCUGGCGAUUUAAAGUUUAUGUCAGCUUUACGUGCAUUUAAGCGUCGAGUGGCAUAUGCAAAUGCAAACUAUGAUCAUAUGGUAGGAUGGCGUACCUCAUCAAUUCGCCGUCAACAUUAACUUCCAAAGUCCAAUCUUCUUGUCAUUGAUGAGAGAUACCCACACAUUGUUUAUGUUGAAGGAGAGACUGUUGAUGACAUUGGCAAUAAAACAUCUAAUAUUGGAAGCCAAAUAAUUGACUUAGAAGGUUAUUCCUCUAUCUUAAAAAGGC